AUGGAUCUUCCGUUGGUUCGGCUGGGCAUUUUUCCAUUUUUGAAGGCCUCACGCCAGGCUACGAAUAACAACGUUGAUCUGUUUCGAGAUGUAAAUCUUUACGCAAAUUGCAUUUCUAUGUUUGAUAUUAUUAACCUUUGUGAGGAUUUGAAAAUAAUAAAAAAUUUUCUGAACUCGAAAAAGGAGUGUGAGCUGAUAUGGAUACUCACGGUGAAUUACCUGGAUAGGGUUGACAUCAACCUUUUUGAGAGGUACAAGCAUAAGAUUGACGUGACGUAUGGGAAGGACGUGUCGGGGAUGGUGAAAACGUUGGAGGAGAGAUCAACCGAGGGGAUACACACAUCAGGUGAGGCUGUCCUACUGGGAGUAGCCAAACAAGAAAAAGAAAGCGGAAAGAUGAAGAACAACAAAAGCGGACCGAACACGGAAGAAGCAAGCGAAAAAAAAAAGGAAAAGACCCAAAAGGGGGACAUUGCCUCAAUUGGGGGAGAGGAGGAAGAAGCCAAUGUAGGAGUUGAUGCAUCAGAAAGAACGGGGAAUCCCCCACGCGCAGGACAAGAAAUACUCAACUUAAAGGAAUAUAUAUAUGCAAAGUGUCAUGAAAAAAAAAAUGCUAUCAUGUUCAGAAGGGUAAAUUUUUUUGUGUUCCUGUACGUACUGAUAUAUAUAAUAAAAACAAGUUCGCGGAAAAUCAAAUCGCUCUCAGAUGACAUAAAAAAAGUGAGAAGCUUCUUCUUCUUUCUCAAUUUGUAUGAAAAAAAAAAAACAGUCGAAACGUUGAAGAAUAUAUACAAGGAUAAGUACUUAACUUUUUUCCAAAAUUUUAAAAACAGGAAGGAAAUUGAAGAAUACAGAAGGAGGAAGAUUUUUUGCCAUAAAUUUUCUUUUUACAAUGUUAAUAAAAUUUUAAAUCAAAAAGGUGAUGACUUGGUCAGGCUGAAGGAGGCGUGCACACGGGGGGGGAAGAAGCAACAUGCGGAAGGGAAGCAAACCGGGGGGGGGCACCCACUUGGGGAGGAGAAGCAAACCGGGGGGGACCACCCACUUGGGGAGGAGAAGCAAUCCGGGGGGGACCACCCACUUGGGGAGGAGAAGCAACCCGGGGAGUGUAACACAGAGGUGGGCAGCUACGACCUGACCAAUUUCGUAGACACAGCCGAACUAGACAGCGACUUCAACUCUACAAGCAACCCGCACGACGAAAGCAAAAGGGGAUCCCCCCCCCUUCUCAGCCCAUACCUACUCGAUUAUAUAUUUAAAAAUUACUGCUAUAAAAAGAAGCAUUGGAAAAUAAAAGAAAAUACGUUAAUCAACUUCGGAGUCGUUAGAAAGGAAGAAAACAAAAAAUACAAAAUGGAGAUUUAUAACCACACAAAGUUUAACAUAUCUGUGGACGUCCUUAUCGAUGGGGACCUCCCCAUCCUCGCCAUUUUUAAGGACAAAUUAUUUUGCGUCAGCUCCAAGUAUUGUAUAUAUCUCCAAAUUGACUCCAGCAAAGAGGGCGAGUGGUUCGGGUUCGUCAACAUCGCAUUGAGGUACAAGAACUCCACUAAGGGCGAUGACGCGGUGCGGAUCCCUGUCUACGUCCAUGUCUGUCCGUAG